AUGGCUAACCUCGAAGCCCGCAAGCAUAUUUCCCCCGACUCGGGAUUCCCCAUUACAAUCCAUCCCCAUUUCAAUGAGAAAAUCAAGAGCCAUGUGCCCCCAGAUCCACUCCGCGAGCCAUUUACCCCGCCUAAAGAUCGAGCAUUUUUUGCAGAUCCGGAGAAGAAGGCGUUGUUCUCCGUGGCCAAGCAGGUCGACUUGACUGAGUCCAUUGGAACUGUUCUGGAGAAUGUGCAAUUGUCGCAGCUAAAUGAGACUCAGUUGGAUGAGCUUGCACUCCUCGUUGAACUGUUUCAACAUUAUGGCAUCUUGGAUAAACAUCCUGCUCAAAAGGAUCAGAAGUUCGUGAGCAUUAAAGGCAGUCGCGAGGAUCACCGUGAAAUCCUAAGCCACACACCCUGGCCCAGUGGAGAUUUCCAUGCCGAUACAUCAUUCGAGAUCAAUCCACCUACCUACUCCCUCCUGAGAAUGGAAGAGCAUCCUGAAGUUGGUGGUGAUACAGCUUGGGUAUCGCAAUAUGGCAUAUACGACGCCCUAAGCAACGCGUACAAAAGGUUCCUCGACGGCCUUCAUGCCGUGCAUACUUCAAGACUACAGUAUGACACUAUCAUCGAUCUAUGGGGUGCAGCACCCAAUCGCCCUCCAAUCGAUACACACCACCCAGCCGUGCGCACGCACCCAGUUACUAAAUUGAAGGCAUUGAACGUCAAUCCUGGAUUUGUGACUGGAUUUGCUGAGCUCAAGAAGGUGGAAUCAGACAAAGUUCUCGAUUUCUUGGCAUAUCAUAUCCACUCGGCUGAUGAUCACUAUGUUCGUUGGAAAUGGGCUGUCGGGAGCGUUGCUAUGUGGGAUAAUCGUUGUACUCUUCACCGGGUUAUUCCUGGUACAUACAAGGGAGCCAGACGGGGCAUUCGGACUACUGUUUUCGGUGAAAUCCCCUAUUUCGAUCCCACUAGUGAGAGCCGUGCGGAGCGGAAGUUACGCGAGGAAAGCCAGGAUGAUGAGGGUGUUCUGGUUGCUUGA